UCAUCCGUUAACCCCGAGGGUUUUAGGUGGAAGUCCACUGUCAACCCUGAGGGUAUUAGACAGGUCUGGCAACCCCGAGGGUUUUAGGCAGGAAAUCCAUCACCGACCAAGGCUCAUGCCAAGGUCCUCGCGAAGGACAAAGAGGGGAUUACCCACUCGGGAUACGUUCUAUAACUACGGGGAUACCAUGGCACCAACUCAGGCUACCGUGGUCGCUCAGUUCCGCGAUUACCAUGCCGAGAAGUUCUCAGGGCAGGGAGACCCUCGCAUAGUUGACGAGUGGAUUCAGGGCCUGGAGUUUAUCUUCGAGGUCAUGGAGUGCCCUGAGAGAUAUCGCGUCAUUUGCGCUCAGCUUCAGCUCACCGGAGAUGCUAGGCUCUGGUGGAACGCUUACUGGGGCAUGCGCCCCGGUGAGAAGGCGGGAUGUACGUGGGAGAUGCUCAAGGACUUGAUCCGUGAGAAGUACUAUCCCACAUACUACCGAGCCGAGAUGGAGCGCCAGUUUCUAUCACUCCGGCAGGGUACUCGCACUGUCGACGAGUACGAGAGAGAGUUCACGAGACUUGCAGCUUUUGUACCUGAUCUGGUCCGCACGGAGGCCCAGCGAGCGCAGC